CGUUCUGUGUCGUCAUCGUUCGUCAUAAUGUAGACGUAUACCUCAAGGUGCUUUUUAAAAUAUAUUUAUGUUUCUUAUUAAUUUAUUUUCCUCGAGACGAUAAUGUUUAAUAUAUUCGCCUCGUCCCGUAUCCGAAAAUGUGAAGUGGUAUAAAGGACGUCAUAUCUGUUAAUUAUGUCGUAAAUAUGAUGUCACAAAUGGAACAGUUAUUAUUUUUUUGUGACGUCGUAAAGUAGGAGGUAACGUACGAUAUCGAGUAUGAGUGCUUAUGCACGUGUAAAUCGUGGAACACAAACGUUCGAGCCGUAGAUCUGUUACGUGGAAGAUUUGCAACUCGGUUUCACCACAUCCCGCUUCUACAACCAUGACUAGUGUAAUUAGGAAAAGUUUACCUUUCUUCGCUUCUGGAAUAGUUGUUAAGGGUUUUGGAAGAGGCAGCAAGGAGUUGGGAAUACCCACAGGUACGUUGUUUGGUAUAUUAAUUAUGCUCAAAAUGUAUCUUGGUUCCUAUUUAGAGACAUUAUUUUCCAAUGACCAAAAAAAUAUGGAAACCCACAUAAUAAAUCAGUUUCCCGAGGACUUCUACGGCUCCAUUCUAAGGGUUGCCAUUUUGGGAUAUCUGAGACCGGAGAAAGACUUUUCUUCGUUAGAGGAACUGAAAUCUGCCAUCACCGACGACAUCAGAGAAGCCGAACGUCUCCUGGACCAGCCCCACUACCUGAUAUACAGAGACCAUUCGUUCUUUCACUCCAAAAACGGGACUGCCUUUCCUCCCCAGAACAACGGAUACAGCCUAUAACAUUCCAGAAAAACGGUCUAGGUACUUCGUCUCUGGUCUUCCGCUUUGAAGAUUUAAAUUCUCAAACCUGGCA